AUGGCUAGCCCGGACAAGGUUAACCUCGGCCGCUUGGCCUAUACAGUUUACAAACAUCCUGAUAUCACGAAGUUUCUGCAGUUCGCCAAGGAUUUCGGAUUCGACGUCACAGAGAAAUCUGAAGAUGGCAACUUUUACCUCCGGGGGUAUGGCGUGGACCCUUACAUCUGCGUCGCUAGCGAGUCUGCGCCAGGCGAGGCGAAGAGCUUUGGUGGCUCUGGCUGGGUGGCACGAACCGCAGAGGACUUUGAGCGAGCUUGCAAGAUGCCAGGAGCCGAAGUGAUUGACGUCUCCAAGCGCCCCGGAGGUGGCAAGAUGGUCCGCAUACCUGACAACAACGGAUUUCCCUUUGAGGUUCUCUUCGGCCAGGAGGAACGCCCGGUCCCAGAGCGUGGGCUUACUAGGGUGUUGGACGGUCAGCCGAACGUGAACACUGCAUUGGAAAAGCCGAGGAAGGGCCAGUUCAACCGCAUGGCUACAGGUCCGGCCAUGAUUCAUAAGCUAGGUCACUUCGGCUAUGCAACCGAUAACCAAGCCAAGACGAGUGCGUGGUACAGCGAUAACUUCAACUUCAAGGCGACGGACAUCCUCCAUAAGCCCGGAGACCCGUCUGCGGAGCUUUUGGCCUUUUAUCACUUGGACCUCGGCCGAGAGUACUCGGAUCACCACUGCCUCCUGAUCGCAGGGCAUCACGGGCCUCAUCAGACGGGAACAGAGGUCCACCACUCCUCCUACGAGGUGGAGGACUUUGACACACAAAUGAUGGGUCACCAGUGGCUGAUCGAGAAGAAGUACCAGCAGAUGUGGGGCGUAGGGAGGCAUGUCAUGGGCUCUCAGAUCUUCGACUACUGGUUUGACACCAGUGGCUUCAUCAUGGAGCACUACACGGACAGCGACGUGGUCAAUGAGGAUACGCCGACGCACCGCCAGGAGAAUACGCCAGGCGCAAUCUGGGGUCCUCCUUUGCCAACCGCCAAGUUUGAGGCCUAG